AUGGCCAAAAUAGUGAUUAUCGGGGCUGGAUUUGCCGGCGUCUGGAGCGCCCUUUCGGCCAAACGACUAGCUACCCUUACGAACAAGGUGGACAGCUUGGAAAUUGAAGUCAUCGCUCCUGAGCCGUCUUUGGUCAUGCGUCCACGACUUUAUGAAGCCAACCCAUCCGAAAUGACACACUCCCUCGGUCUCCUCUUCAAAGAAGCAGGAGUAUCUUUUUUCCAGGGAAUCGCCCAGAAAAUUGAUACCGAGACGAACACGGUCCAUGCUAAAUCUGUUGAUGGCGUUGUGUCAACAAUCAAAUACGACCGCCUGAUUCUAGCCGCCGGUAGCUCCGUCGUGCGCCCUCAAGCAAUUGCUGGCAUUGAACAACAUGCCUUCGACGUUGACUCUCUAGCUUCGGCUGAGAAGCUUGAUGUCCACCUCCGAGGCCUAGCUUCUCUUCCGGAAAGUCCAUCUCGCGAUACAGUCGUUGUAUGCGGCGCCGGAUUCACAGGUAUCGAAGCCGCGACCGAACUUCCCAAACGACUCAAGAAUGCCCGCAUUAUCUUGGUCGGCAACGCAGAACAUGUUGGUCCCGAUCUUGGACCUGGCCCUCGGCCCGUUAUCAUGCAAGCUUUGGCCGCGCUCGGAGUCGAACUCAAGCUUGGAUCUGCCGUGGUGGCUAUCGAUGCAGAAGGCGUAACCCUUGCGUCUGGAGAACGUAUUCCAACAAAAACCGCAAUCUGGACGGCCGGUGUGAGAGCCACGCCUUUGACACAACAGAUUCCGGGGGGAAGAGAUCCUCUCAACCGUCUUCAUGUCAAUCAGCAUCUGCGCGUGCCAUCCGUCAGUAACGUCUUCGCGACUGGUGAUGCAGCUUGUGUCUUUGCCGAUACCAAAGGACAUUACGCGUUGAUGUCUUGUCAGCACGCUCUUUCACUUGGUCGCGUAUCCGGGCACAAUGCUGCGGCAGAUCUUCUUGGCGAGUCUUUAAUUGACUAUCAACAAGCUGCGUAUAACUGCUGCUUGGAUCUUGGUUCUUGGGGUGCUGUCAUUUCUGCAGGGUGGGGUAGGGAGGUCAGUCUGACGGGAGCUGAGGCAAAGAAAGUCAAAUGCUAUAUCAAUCAGAAGUUGAUUUAUCCUCCUGAUGAUAUAGAAAAGGCAAUCGUGCUAGCCAACCCGGUUGGUCCUGACUCUGACGAACUGUUUAGGCAAAUUAUGGAAGCAGUAGCAUAG